AUGGUGCUUUCUUGGAUCUUAAGGUCUUUAUCUCCAUCAAUUGCACAAAGUAUCUUAUGGAUUGACAAUGCAAUGGAUGUUUGGAAGGAUCUUUAUAAUAGAUUUUCUCAAGGUAACGCUUUAAGAAUUUCAGACUUACAAGAAGAAAUUUUUGCUUUUAAACAGAAUAAUCUAUCUGUUACAGAUUAUUUUACUCAAUUGAAAAUUCUUUGGGAUGAAUAUCUUAACCUUAGAAUGGUGCCUGUUUGUUCUUGUAAUCCACAAUGUCAUUGUGAUGCUUUAAAGAUUGUUAAAGAUCAUCAAGAAGCUCAAGCAAAUAUUUCUUAUAAACCUUAUAGACCUCCUCCUAUGAAUUCUUCUGCUAACAAAUCUUAUAGACCUCCUAUGAAUUCUUUUGGUGGUUCAAAUAAUACUAGAUUUCGUCCUCAGGGAGGACAAAAAAGAUUUUAUACUACAUCAAACAAUGGUAAACCUAUUUGUAGUUAUUGUGGAAUGUCAGGACAUAUUGUAGAUAUAUGUUUCAAAAAAUAUAGAUCUCCACCUGGUUAUAAGUCUAAAUAUAGGCCACAGACUUGUGUUAAUCAAGUUGGAGAAUUAGUAACAAUUGAGGAUCAUGAAAAUGCUUAUUCCUUUGAACAAGAACAAGGUUAUGACAGUAAUGAUGUUUAUGGAGUUAAUGAAUCUACUGGUUAA